CAUUAAUGUUUGAACGUCGGUUAGAUUUUAACAGUUUGAUCAAACAAAUGUCACAUUAAACAAACAGCUCAGCGAUGCGUUCACUGCCCCUCAGGCUGAUCAGGAAGCAUGAAUAUUUCAGUUUUAUGUGAAGAAAUUCUGUGUUUACUCACUCUGUGCUAAAGUCCACCACACAUAAAACAGAACACAUUUAAAGGACAAUGUCACUCUUUUUUAUUUAAAGUUUAACUUUCUUCUUCCUGCAGGGUCUUUAAUGAGUGGAGACGCCGUGUCCUCCACGGUGUUGACUUUGUCACUUGACUCCGCCCCUCUUAUCUCUGUUUGAUAUGAAAUCACACAAACCACACCCACAUGCUUAUCCGUGUGUGUGAAACUGUUGCUAAAAAAGUCGUUACCACAGACAGGCUCUGCGUUUCCAUGGGAACUCAUGGUGUAGAAUGUGUUGCUGUCACACUAUCAUACAGUCAGCUGUUGAGUGUUGUCAUGUGACCUGUGUGAUGUGGUGUGUGUGUGUGUGUGUGUUGAGGACAGCUGUUGUGACUGAUAACCAGUCACUGCAGGAGCUUUUAUUGUGAAAGGUCAGAUAGGAAACACAACAAACGUCCUGAUGAUUGAUUUUUAAAUGUCAGCGUCCUCCUGAGCCUGGAGACGGACGGACAAAGAGACGGGCACACACUGACGAUGUCUCACCUCCCGAAACUCAUCUCUCCCUCAGCUUUGUCUCACAGGCUGAUGGAGGGCGUUGUUGUCAUGGCGACGGGCGGUGGGAAAAGUAAUCAGACGUGUCCGCACAGAGCAAACAGGAAGAAGCUCAUCAGCCUCGCUGUGUGACUCCGAGAUGCGUCGCCAUGUCCACGUCCUUUAAUCCAGCUGACGCCAACACCAACGCAAGAUGAACGGUCACGAAGCUCCGCCCCUCGCCUCCAGCGUCUAUGGCUCCUACGGCUCACACAUCAAUGGAAACGACUCUGAGCCUCAGAAACAAAAAGUCAAAUCUCGUGCCAAAGCUCUGUACGAACAAAGGAAACAUUUCACCAAAAACAGCAUCAACGGUUUGACGGACACGUCGCAGUAUCACGUGGAGCACCUGACCACGUUCGUGUUGGACCGUAAAGACGGGAUGAUCACGGUGGACGACGGCAUCAGACGUCUCCGCCUGCUGGACGCCAAAGGAAAAGUCUGGACUCAGGAGAUGCUGCUGCAGGUGGAGGAGAAGAGCGUGAGCCUCAUCGACCACGAAACCAAGAACGAGCUGGAGAACUUCCCGAUCGGGACGGUGCAGCACUGUCAGGCCGUGAUGAACGCCUGCAGCUACGACUCCAUCCUCGCUCUGGUUUGUAAAGAGUCGGGUCAGAACAAACCCGACCUGCACCUGUUCCAGUGCGACGACAUCAAGGCUAAUCUGAUCCACGCCGACAUUGAAAGUGCCAUGAUCGACGCCAAAGGAGGCAAAGUCAAGAAACGACCCGAGGCUCUGAAGAUGAUCUUGAAGAGCGACGGCGUUAUCCCGCCUCCCCCUCCCGCUCCCGCCCCCGAACCCCCGACGGCGUCCAAUCAGGUGGACGUGAAGAGCCGAGCGGCCGCGUGGUCGGCCUGGACCAAUGAGCAGCAAGACUACGAGAAGCAGCAGCAGCAGCAGCGUCGUCGUCUCUCAGAGGACGAUGGACCCGUAGAGAUGACGGCGGCUAGAGUGGACAGAGACGUGCAAAUUCUGAACCACAUCCUGGACGACGUGGAGUUCUUCGUCACCAAACUUCAGAAAGCUGCCGAGGCUUUUAACGAACUCAACAAGAGGAAGAAGGUGAAGAAAGGCAAGAAGAAAAGUCCAGGAGAGGGCGUCCUGACGCUGCGCUCCAAACCCCCCAGUGAGGACGAGUUUGUCGACUGCCUGCAGAAGUUCAAACACGCCUUCAACCAGCUGGCCAAACUUAAGGAUCACAUCCAGAAUCCCAGCUCCGAGGAUCUGGUUCACUUCCUGUUCACGCCGCUCAGGAUGGUGAUCCAGGAGUCAGGCGGCGUGGAUCUGGCCCGCGGCGUCGUGGUUCCUCUCCUGACCAGGGACGCCAUCGACUUCCUGCACGCGUCCGGAACGCCAGAGGAGAGACACUUGUGGGUUGCCCUGGGAGACGGGUGGACGAAAAGCAGGUUGGAGUGGCCUAAGGAUCACUUCUUCCCUCCGUGUCCACUGAGGUUUCGCGACGGCUGGGAGCCGCCGGCGUUGCCGGGGGUGACACCGAGUCGCGAACGGGAGCUGACGCAGCUCGCCGAGAGUCUCGUCAACGCCGACGUCCAGAGGCAGGAGGAGCUGGCGACGAGACUGGCGCAGGAGCAGGUGGCACUGCAGUCGUACCCUUCCUCCGACGGGUACGUCUUCUCCGACUCCACCCACAAACGCACGCAGACCCUGGAUCACGACACGGCCGUGGCUGCUUUCAAACACGCCGUCAGCCGCCGCGUCGACCGAGGUUUCGAGUCCCUCCAACCGAAAGUUUUUGCCAAAUCCAAGUACGACUUUGUGGCACGAAACAACACGGAACUGUCCGUCCUCAAAGACGAGGUCGUCGAGGUCCUUGACGACAGGAAGCAGUGGUGGAAAGUUCGUAACGGUGAAGGAGCGUUGGGCUACGUGCCAAACAACAUCCUCGACGUCACCAAAGCGGUGGACGUGACCGGCCGUGCCGAGCCCGUCUACAGCCACACGAUCCAGCUUAUGAUGCCAAAGAAGGAGUUUGAGUUGUUUAAGCAAUUACUGGGCGAGUUGAACGAGAAACAAACCAACAGAACCGACCACAUAGGCAGUAAACACGCCGCAACGCCAACGCCUCCUGCCCCCACGCCGCCGCCACCAGGCCCCGCCCCCAUCGCCAGGCUCCCCACGCCACCGCUGCCUCCUCCUCCGGCCACUGAACCCGCCAAAGAGGCCACGAGCAGCAGCGUCAGCCGCCAGAACAGCACCACGUCCAGUGAGCAAGGCAGCGUCGCCAUGAGGGACCACAACCCUAGACCGACACAGUUCAGCCGCAGGAAAUCCAACAUGGAGGAGGUUCAGGACGAGCUGCUGCACAGACUGACUCUGGGUCGCAGCACGCAGAAGAAGUUACCAGGUCCGUGUCGCGGCGCCAACGCGCCGUCCGUCAACAUCACGUACGAUUCGACGCCCGCGGACGUUAAAUCGUGGUUGGACGCCAAAGGCUUCAGCGCCGUCACCAUCGCCAGCCUCGGCGUCCUGACCGGCGCUCAGCUGUUUUCCCUCAACAAAGACGAGCUGAAGACGGUUUGUCCCGACGACGGCGCUCGGGUCUUCAGUCAGGUGACGGUGCAGAAGGCGGCGCUGGAGAAAGCCGCGGGCUCUGAGCUCCAGGAGAUCAUGAGGAGGCGUCAGGAGAAACUUGCGGCGAGCACCUGUGACUCGGGGGUGGAGUCUUUUGAUGAAGGCAGCACCCAUUGAUCUCCUUCCUUCCUUCACUUUUUUGCUGCUUUUACUGCUGUUUUUUUUUUUUCUACGUUCUUUUUCUUGCUCUUCACCUCCAGGCGGCAGCCGACCACGCCGAGUUUGUGGAGAUCAUGCGGCGACGACAGGAAGUCCUCGUCUCGUCUCCGUAGGAACAACAUCGACAACAACAAGAACAACAAAAGGACGAUGUUUGGACCAAUAAGUGAACGUUUGCAUCAGUAAUGUGUCCCUGAUGUCGACAUCAGAUUUUAGUUUUGUUUUCAGUCCACAGCAAAACUGUUAAAUGAAGUAAAUUAAGAUUAAUAUAAAUAAAUAAAUAAAAUGGCAUUGUAAAAUAUCUGAGUCAAUGAAUCCUGAAAAAUAAGAUUCUAAAUUUGAAAAAUUCAACAUUCUGUGUCUCCGAAUCCAAACAAAUAAUCUGAGAUUAGUAACUGAUGUUUCUUAAAAAAAUGUGGGGGAAAAAACUGAAUAGUACAAAUAUAAAUUUACACGUAAUCAUUUAAAAUUAGUGUUGAAACCAGAAAAAUCUGCUGAUUUAAACAUUUUUGCUUCAGGCCCCGCCCACAUUGGUCAGAUUGGUCAUUGUAGCCCCGCGUCCCUCAGCGUUCAUGCUGGUUCAUGAAUGACCGCCGAGUAUCGCGAUAAUUUAAAAAAAAUUUGACUGAAAUUUGGGGAUUUAAAUCACACAGUCGUCUGCAAAGAAGCGAAUACGACCUGAACUCACUGUGGCAUCGAUUGUAAACGGAGAAAGUUUUAGUCGGAACUGUAGCACAAAACUGUAACAACGUUAAUAACAAUGUAAUAAUAAUAACGAACCGUAGCUAAAUCAAUGCUGUAAAUGAGAAAUGACAAACGUGUUUGUAGUGAACUGUCCCUUUAAAGUUUAAAUGGACACUCUUAGAAGUCGAUCAGAGAUAAAAAAAACAAAAACAAAGUGAAAGCAUUUGUGUCUAGUUUUCAUGGUGCCUUUUCCAUUUCAAUCUGAUCAUCCUGCAAUAAAAGUUUUCCAAAAAUCA